AUGGGAAGAAACUAUGUGUUACAGCCGAAAGAACCCUUACCUAUAACUUUUCUUCUCCACAGGUGCCCCUGGUUGACAAAAGCUAUCUCCCCAGCUAUCCCAGUGUACAAUGGGCUCGUGUUCUUGUUUGUACUGGCAAACUUCAGCAUGGCAACUUUCAUGGACCCUGGAGUUUUCCCACGAGCAGAUGAAGAUGAAGAUAAAGAUGACGACUUCCGAGCUCCACUCUACAAGAAUGUGGAGAUUAAAGGAAUCCAAGUACGGAUGAAGUGGUGUGCCACCUGCCACUUCUACCGUCCUCCACGCUGCUCUCACUGCAGCGUCUGUGACAACUGUGUUGAGGAUUUUGACCAUCACUGCCCAUGGGUCAACAAUUGCAUAGGACGGAGGAACUACCGCUAUUUUUUUCUCUUCUUGCUGUCCUUAAGUACGCACAUGGUUGGAGUAUUCACCUUUGGGCUCAUCUUCAUAUUAAACCAUAUAGAAAAGCUGGGAGCAGCUCAUACCACCAUUACAAUGGCUGUCAUGUGUGUGGCUGGGUUAUUCUUUAUUCCAGUUAUUGGUCUCACUGGCUUCCAUAUUGUUCUAGUGGCCCGAGGGCGCACAACGAAUGAACAGGUGACAGGUAAAUUCCGUGGGGGAGUGAAUCCUUUUACCCGAGGAUGCUGCGGAAAUGUGGAACAUGUGCUCUGCAGCCCCUUGGCUCCCAGGUACAUAGUUGAGCCCAAGAAAAAGCAAGCUGUGAGUGUGAAGCCUCCUUUCCUUAGACCUGAUUUAUCUGAGCGACAGAUCACAGUGAAGAUCAGUGACAACGGGAUCCAAGCCAACCUCAACCGGAGCAAGUCUAAAAUUAGCCUGGAAGGUCUGGAGGAUACAAGUAUGGAUGUGCAACCACCUCUCCCACCCAAAGGAGAUCCAAGCAAGUACUCUGAGCUAAAAGGGCAACUGGGGACCAGUGAAGAAGGUGGCCUUUCACCCAAACUUAUCAGCCCACCUACACCUGCCAUGUACAAGUAUCGACCGGCUUUCAGCAACAAUCCCAAAGUCCACUACCACGCUACGGCUGAGCAGAUCACGAUGCAGGAGGGACACAGUCAAGGGGCUCUGAUAGAAGAGGAUGGCAGGAGCCUUGAUUACCAGUCCGAACCCAGCCUGGAUAUCCCCAGCUACCGGAAGAGCUCCCUCCACAAGACCUAUCAGUCUUCCCCGCUCCAGAUAGAUUCCUUUGCCAUCAAUUCACGAUCCCUGAGCCUGAAAUCUGCUGGCAGGAGAGGGACAGACAAAGUACCCCUUCAUCCAAUGAAGUCUGAAGGGGCGGCUUCCACCCCUUACAAAAGCAUCUUUUCUCCCAAUUCCCUGUCAAACAGAAACGGGAGUCUUUCAUAUGACAGUUUGUUAAACCCCAUGUCGCCCUCGGGGAGGAAGUGCAUCACCCAUUCUGCGGUCAGCUCCGUUGGGUACCACUCCCCAUAUUUAUCAGCCAAAAUGUGCCAUCUACGGGGGAGCGAGCUGCAACGCCAACCACCGCAGAGCUUCAGCCCGGUGCUGGGGGGUCCAGCUCCACAUCAGCGAGACCCCUCCCCAGUCCGUUAUGAUAACCUUUCCAAAACCAUUAUGGCAUCCAUCCAGGAGAGGAAGGAGAUGGAGGAGAGGGAGAAGCUCCUCCACUCGCACCCUGAUUCAGUGUUUGCAGACUCAGGUGUCUAUGACACCCCUAGUUCUUACAGCCUUCAGCAAGUCAGCACGCUCUCUGAAGACCCACGCAGCAUGGCAAUGAGAUAUGGAUCUAGAGACAAUCUGAUGGCUGCUACCAGUUUUAGCACAAGGAACCCUAUACUGCAGUCCUCAGUGUCUUCACUCUCAAGUGCAAUGACAAGAGCACCAAGGACUUCCACAACUUCUCUGCAAGCUGAUUUAGCCAAUAAUAAUGUCCAGUCCCAUCAAGCACUCCAGGGCAGGGUGAGCAAUGGCUCCUACAAAUCCCCAGGCCACCAGGUCCCGUCAUCCCCCACAGGGAUGCCUAGGUCGCCCUCUUAUGGAGGCCCGAAGGCUGUCUCGUUUGUAAACACUGUGGAAAUUACAGAGGUGCAAUCAGUGGGAGCACAAAGGGAUGACAUGCAGUUGAAGACACCUCACAGUAAAAUAAAUGGACAGCCAAAAGGAAUAUCCAGGUUGGGUUCAACAUCAAGUUCCCAGGGGACACCUGUCAGCCCUGCUAGACACUCAAACGUUAAGAAGGUGUCUGGAGUUGGUGGAACAACCUAUGAAAUUUCAGUGUAA